AAGACGUGCGUACUUGAGAGUGAACGAAUGACGAGAACGAUGCCGGCGACAGCUUCAGCAUAACUGAAUAGGUUGCUGCCUUCGACGACAUCCCCCCUUUCCCAAAGGCGGGCGUUUAGCCGGAAAAUUCAUCCCCCCUUACUACAACUAAUGCUUCUAGUGGGGGAAGUGGGGAAAAAAAUAGCAUUGCAGCAGCAAAAGGAGUGAAAAAAAACAUCCUUGAGGCUCCUUCGGGAGACGACCGAGGAACAUGUAUACCUCUUGAUGGAGUUUCCGAGGAAAAAAUCUCAUCAGUGGCAUUGAGUGAAGUGAAUAUUAUGACAGUGACAAGUGGCUACAAAGGCAUCACCAGAAGCAGCAGAUGCCGAAGAAGAAUAGCAUCCGGAGAGGAGCUGGGGUAAAAACAUAAGGGGGAAGUCAAUGAAAAAAAGGGUAUCGCCACAAGCUCUACUAGUAGCUGAAGCAAACCAUCCUGUUGGUCCUGUCGUUGAGGAGUAGCAAAAUAGAGCGCCUCUCCCUCUGGUCAGGAUCACCGGUAGGUCCCUUGCGACCUCCUCGACCCCGUUUUGUUAUCGUCGGAGAAACACCGUGAUCCGAAUCAGUGGUCUUGAGGAGCUUCAAACCCCUUUCUGCUUCUUAUUGAAGAAAAAUCCUCCAAAGAGGACGACGCCGGGUAAAUUGUGUCACGUUCACCCCGAACCGAACCGGCUGAACCCAGAAUCGGCCAAAGCAAAAAAUGGAAUUGAAAGUAUGGGUCGAAGGGAUUCAGCGUAUUGUUUGCGGAGUGACGGAAGUCACCACUUGUCAGGACGUGGUUUUCGCCUUGGCCCAUGCCACCGGAAAGACGGGCCGAUUCACGCUCAUCGAACGGUGGCGCAACAACGAACGGCUGCUGGCACCGCACGAGAAUCCGCUGAAGAUCCUGAUGAAAUGGGGCGAGUACUCGAGCGAUGUGCAGUUUAUCCUGCAACGGUCCGAACAGAAAAAGGACCAAGCCAAUAGUAACAACAACAACAACAACAACAACAACAACAACAACAACAACAACAACAAUAACACCAGCAAUAGUAGUAGUAACGGAAGUAGCAACAACAACAACAACAACAACAACACUUCUCAGCAACAGCAGCUGAGACAAGUGUCCGCUAAUCUAGGGCCUGUGGUGACGCAACAGCCAACCGCACCCGGAAGCAAUCCUCAGCAUCCGCAAUCGCAACAACAAAUCCUUCGGCAGCAACAGAAGCUAAACCAGAUCAAUAACAACAACAGCAACAACUUGGAUGACACCAAGAGCAAGCUGCUGGUGCAGAACAAUCUGAAAAACAGCACCGGAAAUGACCCUUUUGGCGGCAAACAACAAGGACAGCAGCACCAUCUGGUGGCUGGGUAUCAGCAUCAUCAUCAUUCGGCACAAGCAGAGCUGAUCAGCAAUUCGCUGCUGCUAGAUCGGGGGAAGGAAACGCGGAAGAGCCUUAACUCCGGGUAUGUUACAAAAAUUCUCUGAUGAUUUUGAGAGAGGAUUUCAAGUAAGUAAGUA